AUGCAUACUCACGAGGCCCCUUCUCCGAGUGAGUCGGGCUCCGCAGAUACCGUCUACUCCCCCGAGUUGGAUCGCCCUAUCGACCCCGUCUUCAGUCUUGAAAAGGAUGCCGCCGCGCAGGAGAUUGAAUACCUCUACCUCGAGCUGGAAACACCCUUACCGACACCGUUAAUCACUGCACCCCCGGGCCCCGGUCAAUCGCCCCCUCCCGAACCCCCGAGUCUCGAGAAAUAUACCUCCCCGUUCCUCUGGCCGAAAUGGCGCAAGUGGAUGAUGACCUGGAUUGCGUGCGCAGUGACCGCACUGGCUGGUUAUUCGGCAGGCGAGGUGAACCCAGCCUCGACGGAGCUGACGGCGGAGUGGGGGAUCAGUGCGGUGGUAUACAAUUUGAGCAUCACGAUUUUCUGUGUCGGUUUUGCGCUGGCCCCGAUGGUUCUGGCGCCCUUUUCGGAAAUUAAUGGUCGGCGACCGAUUUUUGUCGCAAGUGGUGUGCUUUUUACUGCGUGCAUUAUUGCUUGCGGAGGCACGCAUGUUUUCGCAGGACUUAUUAUUGCGCGACUGUUUCAGGGUGUGGGUGCAUCGACCUUUUCGACCAUGGUUGGUGGUGUGAUUAGCGACAUUUUCCAUGCCGAGGAACGCAAUACCCCUAUGGCUUUGUUCUCCGGUGCCGCGCUCUUUGGAACCGGAUUGGCGCCCUUAUGCUCCAGUGCGAUCGUAGCGCACACAUCCUGGCGCUGGAUUUACUGGUCGCAUGCCAUCGUGUCAGCUUUCUUCGUGGUGGUCAUCUAUUUCUUUUUUAAAGAGACACGCGGAAGUGUUCUAUUGAGCCGCAAAGCAAAGGCUGUGAACAACUACUAUGAGCAGCUCGAGGCUGCUGGGCACUUUGGAGUCAUCAUGGGCGAGAAGAACGAGGCCAAACGGAUCAGAUGGAAAGUGAAGAGUGACGAGCAGCGCGAGUCUCUCUUGCAGAUGAUCAGCAUUUCCUGCUAUCGUCCAUUUCACAUGCUUUUCACAGAACCUGUGGUCUUCUUUUUCUCCCUCUGGGUGUCGUUCAGCUGGGCUGUUCUGUACCUGCAGUUCGGUUCCAUUCCAUUGGUUUUCAAGACCAAUCACCAUUUCACUACCGAGCAGACCGGAGCUGUCUUUGCCUCGAUGUGUGUUGGUGCCAUUAUUAUCACGAUCGUCAGUAUCCUGCAAGACAAGAUCGCCAACAAGUACGGAUUUCUCCCAAAGAAACCCGAGGCUCGACUGUACUUUGUCUGCAUUGAAUCCAUCCUGAUGCCCAUCGGACUGUUUUGGUUUGGCUGGACUUCAUACUCGUCUGUUCCAUGGAUUGUCCCGACGCUGGCAAUUGCCUGCGCUACCAUGGGAAUCUUCGCGGUCUACCUGGCCGUGUUCAACUACCUGGCGGAUACCUACCACCGGUAUGCCAGUUCUGCGAUUGCAGCUCAGUCGUGCUGCCGAAACCUGCUGGGUGGUGUUUUCCCUCUUGUCACCAAUGCCAUGUUCACCAACCUUGGAUAUCCUGGAGCAUCGAGUCUCCUUGGUGGAAUUGGCCUUCUUCUGACCCUAGUACCGUGGGUCCUUGUCUUCUACGGCGGUCGGAUCCGCGCGAAGAGCAAGCUCGCAAGUGAACUUGCGCGCUAG